GAACACAUUCUACUACUGCUACUACACUUGUGUACCUUCUCCGCCGGAAUCCCCACUCUCCUUGAGACACUCCUCUCCCCCCGCCUUCUCCCCUGCAGCACAACGACACACACGUCUGUACGGACUUAGGGACUGGGGAGGUUUACAUGGUGCGGAACAAAGCUCCGAGACUUCAUUCGACGACUAGUUCGCGCUCUCACAACACCUGUUGAAAAACAUCGCCAACGGUCGCUGUUUUUUUGUUUAUCCUGCACACAAUUUCCCUACUUUUAAAACUCAAUCUUAUAAAGUGUGACUGCCAUUUGCUUGGAGGAACGAAUAUUCUAGAGAAAAAUUGUUUGAUACCGACAUUUUGUGGCAAGGUUAUCUUUAACUACAAGAGGAAUAACGCAACCGAACCGCCAUCAUGCUACGCCUAUUCAAGAACCCUCGAAAAGUCAUGGUGCAGAUGGGAGCUGCAGCUGCAGCUUCGCUGUCCUUCAUGAUUAUGGGAAUGGUGCGAGCCUGGUCCAGUCCAGGUAUGCCGUCGUUGGUGGAAUCCAACGCAGUUCCACUGUCUGAAUCGGACGUCUCAUGGAUCAGCAGCAUACCCCCACUUGCAUCUUUGGUUGGCAGCUUGAUCGCUGGACCUUGCCUGACCUAUAUAGGCAGAAGACGGACGCUGAUGUUGAUUUCCAUCCCAUACAGCAUAGGAUUCUUGUUGAUUGGCUUUGCAACUCAUAGUUCCAUGCUUUACAUUGGCCGAAUUCUUGAUGGAGCCAUGAUUGGCUUUAGCGCUCCUUCUGCACAAAUUUUCAUUGGCGAAUGUUCAUCGCCUAGAGUCCGUGGAGCUCUAGGAGCCUUCACCGCAAUUUUUCUCUCGUUGGGUAUUUUGAUCACCUACGUCAUUGGUGCUUUCGUUCCAUGGAAUGUGUUGGCCUGGAUCUUGAGCGCUUUUCCCGCACUGCUAUUCGGUGCCAUGUACAUGAUGCCCGAAACGCCUACUUGGCUCUUGUCGAGAAAUCGCGAAGAGGAGGCCAAAAAGGCUUUGCAAUUUCUCCGAGGAUCGCACACUGACGUAACUGGGGAAUUUGAGCGCUUGAAGGCGAAUAUGGCGAAAGGAGCCAAUUCGCAACAAAUCCAGCCUAAAGACUUGCUGAAAGGAUCCGUCCUCAAGCCCCUAUUGCUCUCAAUGGCGCUCAUGUUGUUGCAGCAAUUUAGCGGCAUUAAUUCCAUAAUUUAUUUCACUGUCUUCAUCUUCCAGAAAGCCGGUAGCACCAUGGAUAAGAAUCUUUCCACUAUUAUCGUCGGUAUCGUCCAGCUUUUGGCCACUAUUGCUUCCAUGUUUUUGGUUGAUAGAGCUGGCCGCCGACUUCUUCUGCUCAUCUCGGGCAUCGUUAUGUCAAUUUCUCUGGCAGCAUUAGGUGCAUUUUUUUACAUGCUUGAGAUCUACGGUUCGGAUGUGCAGCAAACACUUGGAUGGCUUCCACUCGCCAGUUUGCUCCUCUUCAUCAUCGCUUACUCUAGCGGUUACGCUAACGUCCCUUUCCUCAUCAUGGGCGAACUGUUCCCCGCCAAAUUCAGGAGUAUUUUAGGAUCUCUUGCAUCUUGUUUCAAUUUGCUCUGCACUUUUACAAUCGUCCGGAGCUUCAGCGAUAUGAACAAGACGAUGGGCGAGUAUGGAACCUUCUGGUUUUACAUGUGUUGGUGCGUCGCGGGAGUCUUCUUUGUUUAUUUCUUCCUUCCCGAGACCAAGGGUAAAUCGUUGGACGAUAUCGAGCGUAUGUUCGCCAACAAGAAGAAGCAGCAGCUGUACGCGGCGAGUGCCGAAACGACGAUUGGCACAGCAGUUGACAAGAAUGAUGUGUUUACUGUCGAAACCAUUCCCCGUGCGCACGUCGAUGAAAGACUGUCACAAUCGCAUUCAAAUGACGGAUAUGAUUUAGACAGUGACGAAGAAGAUAACGGAGAAGUGGUGGCCACUCCACUUUAAAUGAAUGAUUUCAACAAUAAUGAUCGAAGCCGUCCUGGCCAAAUGAUUUUAUCAAGAUGGAUUUUGUAUAUUUUUAAAUCGUCAACGAGAGUGUAUUUUUUUAAAUUACCGUUGACGGAUGUUUCGAAUGCACGUAUUGUCGCCCAAUGGUGCAUAUGUUUUUGGGUUGCUAAACAUCUGUUUGGCAGCAUGAAAACGAACAAUGGGAACAACUUUCCUUUCACCAGUUACUUUAGAAUGGUGUAAAUGCUAGAACAAUGUUACUGAAAAUGUCCAACUGUAGCCAUAGUUUAACCUCAUAAGUUUGAACAUUAGUAAUUAUGUACAUAGUAUAAAUGCCAAUUUUCUUGAAUUAUAUCAAGAAACUGUAAUUAAAUACAAAUAAGUACAAAAUUUA